AUGGUUGUUUCCGAGGCCAUUAGCAACCGGGCGAUCUCAAGCCCAAUCAGACUGGAAGAGACAAAGGCAAUCCCCUAUCUCCAGGCCGUCAUCUGCGAGAGCCUCCGUAUGCGCCCUCCCGCCCCAACAAUGUUCCCCAAAGUCGUGCCUCCCCAAGGCGACGAGAUCGACGGGAAGUUCAUCCCCGGUGGUACAUCCAUAGGUUGGAACCUGGUGCCCCUGAUGCGGUCACCCCAGCACUGGGGCCAUGAUGCGGACGUCUUCCGGCCCGAGAGGUUUAUGGAGGCGGGGGAGAAGGUUCGGAUGGCGGUGGAGCGGGACGUCGAUAUGGUUUUUGGUUAUGCAUAG